UCGAGUGUCAGGUGGCAAGGGUUUAAGCCGGCCGAAGCGAAGUCGGCGUGCCACCGUCCCCAACCCCUGCUCCCGCUUGGCGGCGGCGCCACCCUCCCUGCCCCGCGCCCUCCUGUUGAUGCUCUCAGCCCUAACUCCGACCACUGCGGCCGUCUACCCCUCGCCUCUAGCUCGCCCUGCUCUCUUCCCCCCGGCGCAAACCCUAGCCCCUACCCGCGCACCCCUCAUGUGGCGCCGCCUCCCCGCCCGCCGCCUCGCCUCCGCCCUCCUCUUCUCCUCCCUCCCGCGCGCCGCCGCCCCGCACCCCCCUACUCCUUCUCUGUACUGCGAGCUCCUUCCCGCGGCCUCCGGUCUCCGCCCGCCCCCCUGUCUCCCCCCGUGGCAGCAGCCGCGGUUCGCCUCCUCCUCUGCCGCCGCGGCCGAGGCGGUGUCCUCCGAGGAGGCUGAGGAGCUGCACCACGCGCUCGAGGAGAUCGUCCGCGCUGAGCCGAAGCAGCAGCCGCCUCAACGGGCUGCGGGGGAGGCGGCAGGGAGGAACCGGCGGCGGAGGAGCGGGCGGGGCCGGCAGGCGGCGGUGACGGCGGCGGAGCAUGGGAUGACGUUCCACAAGUACACGGCGCUGCGGCGGCGGCAGAUCCGGAUCGAGACGGAGGCGUGGGAGCAGGCGGCAAAAGAGUACCGCGAGCUGCUCGCGGACAUGUGCGAGCAGAAGCUCGCGCCCAACCUGCCGUACGUCAAGUCGCUCUUCCUUGGCUGGUUCGAGUCGCUGAGGGACCAGAUCAUCUCAGAGCAGGAGCUCGUGGCGGAGCGCGGGGCGCGCGCCUCCCACGCCCCGUACUUCAACAUGCUUCCGGCCGACAUGAUGGCCGUUAUCACCAUGCACAAACUCAUGGGCCUGCUCAUGACGGGCAGUGGAGACGGGAGUGUUCGAGUCAUACAGGCUGCGUGCCAGAUCGGCGAGGCAGUCGAGCACGAGGUUCGAAUCCACAAAUUUCUAGAGAAGACAAAGAAAAAGAGCAACAAAGAAAUAGACAAUGAAGAAGAAGUUGGUGAUUCGGACAUUGCCAAAGAACAUCAGCGUCUAAGAAAGAAAGUUUCUGAUCUGAUGAAAAAGCAAAAAUUACGGCAAGUAAGGAAUAUAGUGAAGAGUCAAGAUAACUCCAGGCCAUGGGGUCAAGAUGGUCAAGCAAAAGUUGGUAGUCGUUUGAUUGAGCUAUUUAUUGAAACAGCACAUAUACAACCACCUGCUAGCCAGUCAUCAGAUGGUCCACCUGACAUCCGUCCUGCUUUCAGACAUGAAAUGAGAACCGUGCCGAAAGAACAACAGAAGAAUAGUCGCCGAUAUGGUGUGAUCAAGUGUGAUCCAAUGGUGCGGCAAGGCCUGGAUAGAACAGCAAAGCACAUGGUCAUCCCGUACAUGCCUAUGUUGAUUCCCCCGAUCUGUUGGACCGGAUAUGACAAGGGAGCACACUUGUUUUUGCCAUCCUAUGUGAUGCGCACCCAUGGAGCUAGGCAACAGAGGGAGGUUGUAAAAAAGGCUCCAAGGGAACAAAUGCAAUCAGUUUUUGCGGCCUUGAAUACUCUUGGAAGCACAAAGUGGAGGGUCAACAAAAGAGUUCUUAGUAUUAUUGACAGAAUAUGGUCAAGUGGUGGCCGACUUGGUUGCUUGGUUGAUAGAGCUGAUGUUCCCCUACCAGAAAAGCCAGACACUGAAGAUGAAACUGAGCUGAAGAAGUUUAGGUGGCACAUGAGGUCGGUGAAGAAGGCAAACAGGGAAAUGCAUUCUCAGAGAUGUGAUGUUGAACUAAAACUCGCCGUCGCUCGAAAAAUGAAGGAUGAAGAGGGGUUUUACUAUCCACACAAUCUUGAUUUUAGAGGUCGUGCUUAUCCAAUGCAUCCUUACUUGAACCACUUGGGUUCAGAUCUUUGUCGUGGCGUUUUGGAGUUUGCUGAAGGUCGGCCACUUGGCGAGUCAGGCUUACGCUGGUUGAAAAUACACCUAGCAAAUUUGUAUGCUGGUGGUGUUGACAAGUUAUCAUAUGAUGGCCGAAUUACAUUUACCGAGAAUCACUUGGAGGAAAUAUUUGACUCAGCUGAUAGGCCUCUAGAAGGCAAACGAUGGUGGCUUGGGGCUGAGGAUCCAUUCCAGUGCCUGGCAGUAUGCAUGAAUCUUACUGAAGCUUUAAGAAGCUCCUCACCAGAAACAACGAUCUCACAUAUUCCUGUGCAUCAGGAUGGUUCUUGUAAUGGCCUGCAACACUAUGCGGCUCUUGGGAGGGAUAAGUUGGGAGCCAUCGCUGUCAACUUAGUCACUGGAGAGAAGCCUUCAGAUGUUUACUCCGAAAUAGCUGCCAGGGUGGUGGAAAUUAUGAGGAGAGAUGCACAAAAAGAUCCUUCUACAGAUAUUGAAGCAACACGUGCUCGUCUGAUAGUUGAUCAGGUGGAUAGAAAGCUGGUAAAGCAAACUGUGAUGACAUCCGUGUAUGGUGUCACUUAUGUUGGAGCACGUGAACAAAUAAAACGAAGAUUAAAGGAGAGGGGGGUCAUUGGUGACGACACAGAACUUUUUGGUGCAUCGUGCUAUGCUGCUAAGGUUACACUGACAGCACUUGGUGAGAUGUUCCAAGCUGCCCGUAGUAUCAUGAACUGGCUUGGUGACUGUGCCAAGGUAAUUGCUUGUGAAAACGAACCAGUGAAAUGGACAACCCCUCUUGGGCUUCCAGUUGUUCAACCAUAUCGCAAACUAGGGAGGCAUCUUAUUAAAACAUCGUUACAAGUCCUGACCCUUCAACGGGAGACUGAUAAGGUUAUGGUCAAGCGGCAGAGGACAGCUUUCCCACCAAACUUUGUGCAUUCCCUUGACGGCUCUCAUAUGAUGAUGACUGCUGUUGCUUGCAGAAGGCAAGGUCUUACCUUUGCAGGAGUUCAUGAUUCAUAUUGGACCCAUGCUUGUGAUGUUGAUACAAUGAACAAAAUACUUCGGGAGAAGUUUGUGGAGCUAUACGAUACACCUAUUUUAGAAAAUUUGUUGGAGAGCUUUGAGAAAUCUUUCCCUAAGGUUAAAUUCCCACCAUUGCCAGAGAGGGGAGAUUUUGAUCUAAAGGAUGUCCUAGAGUCUCCAUAUUUUUUCAACUAGCUCAAUUAUGGUGAAAUUGCAUUGUCCUACACUGCUGCUCGGUUGUGGCCUAACGCCCAUCCUGAGUUCUGAGGACAUAGCUGCCAACUCCAAUGAAGCUAAUUCUUUUGCUGGGUGAUGUACCACCUUGUAAACAGCGUGCAUGGGCAUAACCUAAGGAGUGGAUUUAAGAAGGUAUUCAGAAGAUGCUAUAGAUCUGCUGUACAAGUUCAUACUUUGUGUAGUCAGACCUUGAAAUUGGCAAUUAAAAAGUAUGCUCAGGAAGUGGUUCGCGGUUUUGUGCAAACAACAUAGCCAAAUAAGUGGAAGCCAUGAUCAAGCUCAAUGGAGAGGGUUUUGCUGUGCUUAGGCUUUAGUGUAGUUUUGAUCGAUGCCUUCUUUUUUUCUUCCUUUUCCCUUUUUGAUCACAAUGCUCCCGAGUAGCAUGAACACAUUUCUAAAGCUAUCCCUGUAAAUGUAAUUUUGUAAUUUUUGGGCCUGUUCACUAAUGUUUUUGUUGUGGUUGGUUUAUAGAGGCGUGUUCAGCCGAGUGGAACAAUGCUCGGCUGGUGCUGACAAAAGAUUGUUUUAUAGUUUAUUAUAGUUGUAAGGUAAUAUUUUUAAUAAUAAAGUUAUAGUUCAUCUUUC